AUGCAUUUCUCUGUGAUAUUUGUUGUCAUGCUCUCUGUUUUGACAGUUUUUGUUUUUGCCGAAGAUUUUAUUUAUACUGAUGUUGACACAAUUGAAUCUGAGCCGCCUAGAGAAAUAAGUAGAUUCAAGAGGCAGCUUGGUUUCGGUUUGUUGGGAGGUGGAAUUGGACUUGGAAGUCUAGGGCUAUAUCCUGGUUAUGGUGGUGGAUAUGGAGGAGGCUAUGGAGGAUAUAGUAAUUAUGGUGGAUACAGUAGAUACGGAGGCUAUGGAGGAGGAUUCGGUGGAGGCUAUGGAGGAUAUGGAAGGCCAUUCCACCGCCAUGGAGGCUUUGGUGUCUUUUAUUAA